AUGCUGCAUCAUAGACUUACCAGCGAUCCUGUUCUGUCACCUUCUGAUUCCCAUGGUUUCAGGCCGGGAAUAUCAAGCGGUGCUGGUAGCAGUAAUAAGUCAGAUGGCUCAUCACCUGCUGGUCCUAAUGCUCGUUCAAUGCUUAAAAAUGAACAGGACAAGGCUGCUCAUUCUAAGGAUCCAACUGCUGGUCUGAAUAAAGAACGGGUGUUGGCAAAAGGCAGCAUUAAGUUAAAUAGUCGUGAGGAGAACCAUGCUGUCUGUCCCAGUCCAAUAACAAAAGGGAAGGCCUCAAGGGCACCACGAAGUGGCUCCCUUGCUGCUGCUAGUUCACCGUCUAACAUUCCCCGUUUACCUGGAACAUCGGAAAGCUGGGAACAGCCCCCAAAUGUCAACAAAAAUCUGGCUGUAGGCGGGGCUACAAAUCGCAAGCGUCCGUUGCCUACAGGAUCCUCGUCUCCGCCCAUAACCCAAUGGAUUGGUCAGAGGCCUCAAAAAAUAUCUCGUACAAGGAGGGCUAAUCUUAUCUCACCAGUUUCAAACCAGGACGAGGUGGAGGUGCCAUCCGAGGCAUGUUCACCUUCUGAUUUUGGAGCUAGGUUAACUCCUGGUGUAACAAGUGGUUCUAUUCUUUCAAAGGCUGCCAACAAUGUUACGCAAAACCUUAAAGUUAAAGCUGAAAGUAUUUUAUCCCCUGCCAGACUCUCUGAAAGUGAAGAAUCUGGUGCUGGUGAAGACAGAUUAAAAGAAAAGGGUGGGAGUACUUGUGAAGGUGAAGAAAAAAUUGUAAAUACUGUUCAGAGUAAUGGGAUCUCUACCUCACAUAUGAAGAAGAACAAAUUUCUUGUCAAAGAAGAAAUAGGUGAUGGCGUGCGAAGGCAAGGCCGAAGUGGAAGAGGCUCGGCAUUUUCUAGGAGCAGCAUUUCUCCUAAAAGGGAGAAGUUUGAAAAUCAAGUCACAGCGAAACCACUUCGUAACUCACGGCCAGCUUCAGAAAAGCACGGAAGUAAGUCAGGCCGUCCUUUGAAAAAGCACUUGGAACGCAAAGGGUUCUCUCGUCUUGGGAAUUCAUUGAGCAGUGGUUCUCCGGAUUUCACUGGUUAUAUUUUUGGUGCUGUCCCUGGUGCGGCUGGGGAAUCAGACGAUGACCGUGAGGAGCUUCUAGUUGCUGCAAAAUUGGCAUAUAAUGCUAGUUUUCAUGCUUGUUCAAGUGCAUUCUGGAAGAAAGUGGAUAGACUUUUUGCUUCUGUCAGUUCCGAAGAGAAAUCCUACCUUCUAGAACAGCUGAAAUCCGCGGAGGAAUCUCAUACCAAUCUCUAUCAAACAAUAAACCAUACCAAUGGUGUUCUGGAUGAUCAUGAUGAAACUGUUGAGAAGAAUAGAUGCAUCAAGAAUCAUAAUGGCUCGAAAGUAUCAUCUGAUACACAACUGGUCGAUCAAUUUCAUGAUUCUAUCCUAAGUGCAAAAUUUGAUUCAGAUAGAAUUUUUGAUAAAGUUACUCCACUUUACCAAAGAGUACUGUCAGCUCUAAUUCUAGAGGAGGAUAUUGAAGAAUGUGAAGAAAAUGGGUUUGACAUAUUUACGUCGCCGCAAAAUGGUCCAGAAACUUUAUUACAUGGUGCUUGUAUCAAUAAUUCUCAGACUAGAAAAAUGAAUAGGACAGAAGCUGAGUACGGGACAGAUUUUGAUUCUCAGCUAAAGAAAAAUGGGACUGGAAAUGAGUUUGUUUCCUGCAAUGGAUAUAGUGCAUAUCGUAGAAACCCUGAUGUCCGAGGACCUCCAUACAGUGAUGAGAUGUCACGAGGAGAUAAUGGAUAUUUGCAUUCAAAUGUUGGACUGUUUGUAGGCCUUUCCGAAUGUGAUCCAGAUGUACCACAAAGGUUGCAGAUUAGUAGUUUUGGUGUUUCCUCAUUUGAACGUCAAUAUGCAGAGAUGGCUCUUGAUGAUAAACUCUUGCUCGAGCUGCAGAGCGUUGGCCUCUAUAUUGAACCUGUGCCUGACUUAGAUGAUAAAGAAGAUGAAGUGAUCAACCAAGAAAUUAUGCAGCUGGAGAGGGGACUCUGUCAAGAGAUCGGUAAAAAGAAAGCAUAUAUGGAGAAAGUAUCUAAAGCACUUCAAGAAGGCAAGGACGUGCACGGAUGGGACCCGGAGCAGAUUGCAAUGCAUAAACUUGUUGAGCUGGCUUACAGAAAGCUCUUGGCGACUCGAGGAAGUCUAGCUUCCAAAAAUGGGGUUCCUAAGGUGUCAAAGCAGGUUGCAUUGGCUUUUGCAAAGAGAACACUUUCCAGGUGUCGGAAGUUUGAGGACACUAGAGCUAGUUGCUUUAGUGAGCCUGUGCUCCAUGACAUUAUUUUUGCCGCUCCGCCUCGUAUUAAUGAGGCAGAUCUUUUGGCUCGUGAAGCAGUUGGCUCAUGCCCUGUUAGUGCUGAUGGUGUUUUGGUUGAUCCAUAUGAAAGGUUUAAUCAUCAAUCUGAUCAAAGCCACUUCUACUCUUGGUGGAACUCUUCUCGGUGGUGCAAAAGGAAAGAGAAGUGA